AUGAUCUUCCCACUGAAGCAGUACCUCAGUACCAGAGCGGUUGUGGAAGCCAACGCCAUACUGGCUUUUGUCGCUCUCUUGGAAUCUCCACAAAGGCACAUCUGUGAGCAGUCGGUGUGGGCCCUUGGGAACGUAGCAGGCGACGGCCCCAUGUACAGAGAUUCUCUCAUCCAGCAGAACGUCAUUCCACCUCUCCUGGCUCUGGUGGCACCAACUACCCCUGUGGGGUUCCUGAGGAACGUCACGUGGACGCUGUCCAACCUCUGCCAGAAUAAAAACCCGUGGCCGCUGCUGGAAGCCGUGAGGCAGAUCCUCCCCGCGCUGAUCUGUCUCCUGCAACACGAAGACAGGGACAUUAUCGCAGACACCUGCUGGGCUGUCUUCUACCUGACCGACGGAACCAACAACCGCAUUCACGUCAUGGUGGAGACGGGGAUGCUGCCGAGGCUCUUGUCCUGUCCGGACUUGCCCAUUCUGACUCCAGCUCUGCGUGCUGUUGGCAAUAUCGUCACCGGGACGGACGAGCAGACGCAGCUGGCCAUCGACGCGGGCCUGUUGGCCAUCCUCCCCCGGCUCCUGCGGCACCCCAAGUCCUCCAUCCAGAAGGAGGCGGCGUGGGCACUCAGCAACAUUGCAGCGGGGCCCUGCUCGCAGAUCCAGCAGAUUAUCACCUGCGGGCUCCUGCAUCCCCUGGUGGAGCUUCUGGAAAAGGGAGACUUCAAGGCCCAGAAAGAGGCUAUUUGGGCAGUGGCCAACUUCACCACCGGAGGCACUGUGGAGCAGAUCGUCGAUCUGGUCCAAGUCGGGACCCUCCUGCCCUUGCUCAACUUGUUGACGGUCAAGGAUGGGAAAACCGUCCAAGUGAUCCUCGAUAGCCUCUCCAACAUCUUCUUGGUAAGAAUUUUCUCUCUCUGCUUCCAAUGA